AUGGCGGAUCAGAGAGUUAAUCAAAUAACUCCCCUUAUUUGCCAUUCUAUAGUCAGUUUGAUUCAUCAACUGGAAGCUUGCAACGGCGAUUCAGAUUCUCUGGAUUCCAUUUCGUAUAGAGUUGAUUGGCUCUACGGAAUUGUCGUACGUUAUUCGGCUGUUUUCCCAGGUUUAUUUAGUGAACAAGUGGUCGAACUUGUACGUGCCGCAAAAGAUAUUUUAUUAACAGCAUUAAGCGGUGCUGAAAACCACUCAUUUCAUGUCGAGCAAUUAGCAACUGGAGCACGCGGACGCCCAAAAUUCAAUAUUACCAAGGAGCAACUUCAAUUUCUCUUGGAGAGAGGUUUCUCUGGCCCAGACAUAGCACAAACGCUCGGUGUUAGCUUGAGCACCAUCGAAAGACGUUUACGUGAGUUUCGCAUUCCCGCAAGAUCGUUUUAUUCCGUUAUCGAUGAUGAAACUCUUGACAGAACAAUUAGAGACAUUUCGAGAAGUUUUCCAUCAGCUGGAUAUCGCAGAAUGACCGGAUUUUUGCUGAGCCGAGGGAUUAAAGUACAACAAGAAAGAAUUAGAGAAUCUAUGUGGAGGGUUGACCCGGAAGGGGUACUUAUUCGUUCGUUAGAAUUAUCUACAGUAAAUCGAAGAAGAUACCAAGUUUACGCACCGCUUGCGUUAUGGCAUAUCGAUGGCAAUCACAAACUUAUCCGGUACGUCGAGUGAAAUUAUAGCGUGAUAUGAUAAUAAAAUUAAUGAAGAUAAUUAUCAUUUAAGCCAGUGUACUCAAAAAAUUAUAUUGAUUAGGAUGGUGUAGACACUGCACCCGGGCCAUUCCAUUUAAUAUCAACCCCACACCCACACCAUUGAUGAGGUAAGUAAAAUUUUAAUCCCUAAGAAAGAAGAUUAAAGGGCAAAAAAAAAACCCUCAGAAAUUUGUAAAUUUUUCUCCUUAUAUCCCUCAGAAAAAUCGCAGAUAUCGAAGGAUACCACCAACUUAAUCCAUCUGAAAUGACUUUGAGGUCACCCUUCAGAAAAUUUAGUCCAUGGGGGGGGGAAGGACCUUAAAUGGAAUGGCCCCCACUAGGUGUAUAAUUACUACAGCUUUGUAGUAUUAUAAAUUUGAAUGUACUCUACAUCUGUCUCUACAUCUUCAACAUUUUAGAUGGCGCAUUGUGAUCCAUGGAGCAAUAGAUGGCUAUUCUCGUUUGAUUGUUUUUUUAAAAGCCAGCAAUAACAAUAAAGCUGUUACAGUUUGUCAAUUGUUCAUUGAAAGCGUUAGUAAGUUUGGUCUUCCAUCAAGAGUUCGUUCCGAUAAAGGGGGAGAAAACGUCGAUGUUGCUAGAUACAUGUUGAGCCAUCCAUUACGUGGGCCAGAUAGAGGAAGCCAUAUCACUGGCAGAAGCGUUCACAACCAAAGAAUCGAGCGAUUAUGGAGAGAUGUCUUCUUUGGUUGUACAGGUCUAUAUUAUGAUUUGUUUUCCUGCAUGGAAGUGUCUGGUAUGUUAGAUCCUUGUAAUGAAGUGGAUAUGUAUGCACUGCAUUACGUAUUUCUGCCCAGAAUCAACAGGAAUCUUGAUGAAUUUGCGGCAGCACAUAGUCGAGCACCGAUAAGCACAGAAAGGAACAAGUCCCCUGUACAGCUUUGGAUUCAGGGAUUAUCAAAUGUUUGUAAUAGUGAACACUGUGUAGCUGAGGAGUAGCUGAGGAGUUGUCACUGGUAAGUAAUGUUCUGCAAUUGCUAAUACAUGCAGUAUAUAGAAUGUAUAAAACUAAAAGAAGAUUAUGCAGCAGAAUACAUUUUAGCAACUAUUUGAUAUAGUCGUGCAAUUCAACCAAUACGCUCCAACACCGGGUGCUAUAGAGACAAUUACUGUAUGGCCUAAUAUAUUGCAAGUAUAGCUGGAGACAUAACUGGGAAAGAGGUCGAGCUACAAAUUAUUGCAUGGAUAAAUACAAGAGAUAGAAAGGGACUUGCGGCAAUUGCUAUAAAGCGUUUUUUGAAACAUUACCAAUCUGUAAAAAUCAUAUAUUUGUAUUUUGCUUGACUUUGACAGUCUACGGAAGAUUUGGCCUGGUAUGGGAUCGACUGGGAUGGCCCUGCACCAUUUGUUCGAUGGGAUGGGCCAAAUGAUGGUGACCCACCUGUGGAAAUACCAGAAGUUCCAGACAUCUUAAUUCAUAAUGAUUAUGAACAGUUACUGAACACGGUCGACCCACUUCGUCAAUCCAAUGAUAAUGGUGUGGAUAUGUUUAUUGCAACAAAAAACUUUGUGCUCCAAUGCAUUGAAAGGUACUAG